AUGACCGAAAACCGCUACCGUCCCAGCUCCCCGCCUGGGCGUCGCUACGUCGACCCCCGUGCCGCCUCGGCGAGCAUGGUGAUAUCCUCCUCCUUUGACCCCCGAUACUCCUCUUCCUCUCAGCCUCGCAGCGUCAUUGAUACUUUUCCUGCCACGCGACACGGGAGCGUCUACGCCACCCAAGGCAUUGCAAGAAAAACCGUCCUCGACGACCCUCACCCCGGGGGAGGAUCGAUAGUGAGGACCGAAUAUGCCGUGCGACCCAGGAACAACUCCACGCUGGAGACACGCAGGCCUGUGAGCACCUUCACCGAGCGUCGCUCUUCUCCGCCUCGAGUACGACCGGCCAUCAUCAGCGGUUCCUCUCGCGACGACCCAAGAAGCCCAGUUGUGGCCUCGAGGGAGGAUCGCUACCUUGUGCCGGCUGCUUCAAGUGGUCGGAACCACCACCGCCAUUCGAGCGCAACCCGUGCGGAGCAAGACCGCCUACUGCCUGCAAGGGCCAGCCGACAACCCGAGUAUCACCGCCGCGGUGGUUACAAUGCACAUCCGUACACUUCGACCCGAGGCCCGCUUCAGGAUGAAGGCUUCUCUUACACCACCCCAAAAGAGCAGUUUUUACAGGAGUCAUCUCGGCCGCCGCAGAGGCGGGAGAGCUACAGCAGACGGGAACGACCGGUCAGCAUAGCUGGGAUACCCGAGUACAGACUGCCUGCACGGAGAGACACCCGAGAUGGGCCACCAUCCGCGUCCGCCCGGGUUCUCGACCGCCUCGAUAGGAAUGAGCCUCUUCGAUACCCCAGCAGUCGCACGAGCGACACAGAAGAUCGAGGAGAUAUCCCCCGGCGUCGUCACUCCACAAGAGCGCCUGUCUUGCAUCACUAUCCCGACGACGGUACCGUGUCUGCGCGUGAAGAACGUGAUCUUCGAUCCGUGCCCAGAUCCUCCCGUCAUGAUCGUUCAGAAGACGAUGACAAACUCCACAAACACAGGCACCGUGAUGAGCGCGAAAGGGAGGCUCUACGUGAGCUUCCACGCGAGUCCGAACGGGUCCGUGAACGUGAUCGGGACCGAGACCGUGAGAGGGACAAGGAUAGAGAUCGGGACCGAGAUCGAGAUCGAGAGAGAGACCGGGAACGGGAACGGGACCGUGACCGAGACAGAGACAGGGAAAGGGAAAGAGACAGAUACCGAGACGCUGACAAGCCCAACAAGCCCCGAAGUCGUGACAGCAGCCCGGAGCAUUCAGGACUACGUAAAGGACUCGCCGCAGCCGCUGGUAUCGGCGCAGUGGGCGCUGCUGCUGGUGCAGCUCUGAAGAGCGGCCGCAACAAGGACGAAGAGGAAUCGGAAACUGAUGGUCGCAAAGAGCGGAAGCACCGAAGAAGACGACACCACGAUGAAUCGAGUCCAGACGAACUUGCUGGACGCGUUGAGCGUGAUCUCAAGUUGACCAACGGAGAUCGUGAUCCGCGCCGACGAGAUGAGGAUCGGGGAGUUGACGAUACGGGUGAUGUUGACGACCGCCAUGAAAGACGGAGACACCAUCGCCACAGGAAGCACCGGGACCGUGGGAACGAGUCAGAUACCACAGAGGACUAUGAUGGGAAGGAGGCCCGGCAGCGACAUCCCCGAGAGCGAGCGUUGUCCCGUGACGAAGAUGAGGAUGUGCCACCAGUUCUGGAACAACGAACCAUAUCUCCAGGUGAAGACGAAGACGACCGUCCCCGAAAGGUGCAAUUGGUGGAGCCCGCCGAAAAGAAAGAAGAGUUCAAACCGAAGGGUAUCCUCAAGCCACCCCGGGAGGUACCUUUCCCUGAGGACCCCAAUCCUACACGAGAAGGGGUUGCGCCGUUGAAAGAUGCCCACAAAGAUGGUAUCCCACCGAAUGCCAGGUGGACCAAAAUCAGUCGAGCACUGGUGAACCCCGAAGCCCUUGAAAAGGCGCACGAGAGGUUUGAAGAGAGAGACGACUACGUAAUUGUCUUGAGAGUGGUUUCGAGGGAAGAAAUAACGAAACUGGCCGAGAAGACCAAGGAGAUCAGAGAAGCCAGAGAGCGCAAAUGGCAAGCUGAGCUUGAAGAAAAGCGCCGUCGACGUGCAGAAAGAGGCGAGUACAGCGACGAAAGCAGCGACGACGAGUACAGCGGGGACGACCGACGUCCGCUGCGUGCUAUAGAGCAACCGCCUCCUGCUCAAGGCUUGCAGGGUGAUCCCAGAACAUACUUCGCGCAGCAACAGCUGCAACCACAACAGCAACCAAGAUUGGAAGCUCCUGUCGUUGCCAGUGCUAUUCCAGGACAGCCUGGUGUCGCACCAAUCCAACAGUCCCCACCAAUGCCCGGACCAUAUCCUCCACCGAUUCAGCAGCAGCAGGGACUGCCUGUGCCAGAUAUACGAGUUGAGCCCAUGGCUGGUAAUUAUUCGACGAAUGUAUGA